AUGCCUCUCUCCGGACACUGCCUCUGCAAAGCCGUCACGUACACCGUCGACGUUGACGCUCCUCUAGUCACUGGCUAUGACCACUGCGAUGAUUGCCAGCGUCAGAGUGGCUCGACCUACUCCCUCGUCGCUGUCGUCCCCAAGGACAAGCUGACUAUUAACGGCCCCACCAAGAGCUGGGCUGGCAAGGGUUCCUCUGGCCACGCUGUCCACCGCAUCUUCUGCUCUGAGUGUGGUUCCCCCAUCGCUCAUGAUCCCGAUGCCGCUCCCGAGAUCAUUGCCAUCAAGGCCGGCACCCUGGAUACCGAGAUUAAGAAGAACUUGAAGCCCGACACCGAGAUCUGGACCGUCAGCAAGCUUCCUUUCUGCCAGGAAUCCCUGGCCCACCCGUUCAAGCACAUGCCGGAUGACCAUGAGCGCGGUCUACUUCUGUAUCGAGGGUAUACCCUGGACCAACUAUGGGGAUGCGAAUUCGAAGAAAUGUUCUAUCUAUUGCUAUGGGGGGCAUAUCCUACAGCAAGCCAACACGAAGAGCUACGCCAGCGGCUGGCACAGUAUAUGCAAGAGAUUCCUGAUAUUGUGCGCCAGGCUAUCUUUAAUCUCCCAAAGGCGACCAGCCCACUGCCGCUGAUUCUAGCCGGCCUUUCAGCCUACCUAGCCUGUAUACCAGAUGUGAUCCCAGCAGCCACAAAUGCGACGAUAUACCAAACAGAUAUCAAACGGGCCGACCAGAUCAUCCUACAAACUGUUGCCGCCUAUGCUGUUGUCUUCGGAGCUGUACGAUCCCACCGGCUAGGCAUUCCCUGGAGGUCUCCGUCUCUGCACCAAACCUAUUACGAGAAUAUAUUUACGAUGGCCGGUCUGCUAGACCCAGAGACAGACCGUCCAAACCCUACACGCAUAUCCUGCUUCCGUCGCUUUGGCAACCUCAACGCAGAGCACGGAAUGGCCCUAACAGUCUUCUCAGCCCUAGUGACCGCCUCAUCCAUGACUGACCCGGUGUCUUGUCUGAUAUCUGCCGUGGCCGCCGCUCACGGACCCUUACACUUCGGCGCAACAGAGUCUGCCCAACGCGCUCUCCAUGACAUCGGACAACCAAACAAUGUCCCAGCCUUCAUCGAAGAAGUAAAAUCUGGAAAGCGAAAAUUAUUCGGCUACGGUCAUCGCACCUACAAGGGAAUGGACCCACGUGUGCGUUCUAUUCAAAGUAUCCUGAAAGAUUUGGUUGAUUUCCAUCAACCGCUAUUGAAAGUUGCCGAGGCAAUCGAGCAAGCCGCUGCAAAAGAUGAGUACUUCAGUACACGGAGCUUGUAUCCUAAUGCGGACUUUUAUGGUAACUUCGUGUUUACUGGAAUGUAA